UUCCUCUUUUCCUGCAGAAGAUCAGCUAGAAGUUGCUCAGAUUAUGUAACAUCUGUUUCCCAGGAAAUAUUCUAAGAACUUCAAGCGCUCCAGAUAAGAUGUCCUACCAGUGGAAGCAACCCUGUAUGCCUCCUCCCAUCGGUGUGAAGGGUUGCACAAAGUGUGGGAGUGUCUACUGCCCAGGACGAGCUGCCCCUUCCCCUGUGGCCCCUCCUCUGAAGAAGAGUGCAAGCGCAUGUUCCUGCCCAUGUGCCAAUGUAUGCACAAGCCCCAUCAGUCCAAUCUGCAUGGCAAACGGCCAGGGCCAAUGUUCUCCUGUUUGCCCCCAUGGUCCUAUCUGUCUGAGUCCAAUCUGUGCCUCAAGCGCGAGUCCAUGCUCAAAUCCAUGCCCAGGCCCUGCCAAAUCUGUCUGCAUGACAAACGGCCAGGCCCAGUGCGCUCCUGCUUGCCCACAUGGUUCUAUCUGUGUGACGCCACUCCAGACCCAAAAUGGGGGCCCAUGCGCUAAUGCAUGCGCAACCCCCAAGCAGGGUCAGUGCUCUCCCAUUUACAUGGGCCCAGGUGUUUCUCCUAGUGUCACGCCACAAUCCCCAUGCGACCCCGCUUGCAACUAUGCUCGCGGUCCGAUCUGCGUCACAUCAAUCCAGCCCCAACGCUGCAGCGUGUGUGCCAAUAAAUGCCCAGCCUGUUGUGGUUCUACCUGUGCGGAACCCAUCAAGCCGCAGAGCAGUGCUUCAUGUGCUGCCACUUGCACCACUCCCAGUGACGCUGUGAAAAAACAGUGUGCGACCGCCUGCAAGGAUCCCUGUGACAGCGCCUGUGCCACGCCAUGUUCUCCUACAUGCGCUGCCCCAGGUGGCACCAAAGGGGGUAGUGUUGGCACCGACUCCUGUGCACCGACUACAUGCGCUGUCUCAAAUGGCACCAAAGGGGGCAGUGUCUGCACCAACUCCUGUGCACCGACUACAUGCGCUGUCUCAAAUGGCACCAAAGGGGGCAGUGCCUGCACCAAGUCCUGCGAGGAGGUGAAGUCUGGCGCCACCAAAGGCGCAAAGCCAUGUGUCUCAUCUGGCCCUGAGAAAGCAUGGAAGAAGACCCGCCCUACUAUCACCCUGAAUCAAUGUGUCAUAAAGAAAUGAUAACGGCCCGCAUCAUUGUGCAGAGCUAUGGAACGAGAGAAACGAAGACUCAUGGAUCCUCCUGUAGUUUAUCGCGCACCUCUCAUCGAUGAAUGAGUCCCUCCCGUGUAAAAAUAAUCAGCAUCUUUCCUGGGCCGCCUUCCUCUGUCUUCUUUCCUGUUACUGCCUGGAUAUGUUUUUUUUUUAAGUCUUCCUUUAGAAUAUGAGUUCCUGUCUUCCCAGGAUAUCGAGUCGACCUUGGAGAAUGAAAGAGUCUGUAUAUUGCUUGGUGGUGGAACUUCUACCUUUCCAGGAAGUUCAGCUUUAGAUGUACAGAAAUAAA